AUGCCUUCAACCAAACCCAAGCUCGCGCAGCUCGAGACGCCCAUGACCUCGACCUUCCCCUCCGAGCUCUCAGCUCUUUCCGCAAGAAGUCCACUGCCCGGCUUUGCGGAUUUUAUAAAGCAGGAGGACUAUAUCAAAACCCCCAUCACCCCGCCCACCGCAUACACCGACUUCCUGAAGAAUAUGGGAAGUCCUGCUGCGGGAGACAAGUCCUCCGGCCGAACCACGCCCACCUCAGCUCCCUCCACCGGCUCCAGCGAUCACAGCGACUGUUCGUGCAGCUGUGAGAGCCAUAAAUCACCUACCUCUGCAGCGCCAAAUAACGUUGUCUUCCCCACCUCAGCACCCUCCACCGGACGAUUAGGCCGGUUGCGAAUACCGCCCUCCCCCGCGUUCUCCACCGCCGAGUCACCCCGGAGCGCAACUUCAGCAGUCCGGUCUCCUUUUAGUGCACGAAGUGCUCGCUCGCCUUAUGAUUGGGAUUUGAGGAGUAAGGGGAGAUACUUCGAUGUGAAGUCGCCCAAAUCAACCCGGUCGAGUGUUCGCCAAGUCCGGGAGAUUGUCACAAGGACCGUCACAUAUACACCCAGGAUGAGUCCCGCGCCGAAAGGAAAGAGAAGGAAGAUCGAAUGA